AUGCCCAUUCUGUUACAGGGCGACCAUGUCUGGUUGGAUCUCCAGACCAACAGGGAGUUUGAUGUGCCUAUUGGAGCCAUGGUCACGCUUUGUGACUCAGGCCAGAUCCAAGUUGUCGAUGAUGAGGGAAAUGAGCACUGGCUCUCAGCCCAGAAGGCCACCAACAUCAGGCCCAUGCACCCAACCUCAGUACAUGGUGUUGAGGACAUGAUCCGCCUUGAUGACCUGAAUGAAGCAGGAAUUCUGCGAAACCUGCUGAUCCGCUACAGGGAUCACAUCAUCUAUACCUACACAGGGUCAAUCCUGGUAGCAGUGAACCCCUACCAACUGCUACCCGUGUACACAGCAGAUCAUAUUCGCCUUUAUUCCAACAAGAGGAUCGGUGAGAUGCCGCCCCAUAUCUUCGCCAUAGCUGACAACUGCUACUUCAGCAUGCAGCGGAGUGGCAAAGACCAGUGUUGUGUUAUCAGUGGUGAGUCCGGCGCAGGAAAGACUGAGAGCACUAAGCUUAUCCUGCAAUUCCUGGCCUCGAUCAGUGGGCAACAUUCCUGGAUUGAGCAGCAGGUCCUGGAGGCCAACCCCAUCCUGGAAGCGUUUGGCAAUGCCAAGACAAUUCGCAAUGACAACUCCAGCCGCUUUGGAAAAUACAUUGACAUAUACUUCAACAACAGAGGGGCUAUCGAGGGAGCCAAGAUCGAGCAGUACCUGUUGGAGAAAUCUAGGGUCUGUAGACAGGCUCAGGAUGAGAGGAACUAUCACAUCUUCUACUGCAUGUUGCAGGGCAUGGCACCUGCCCAGAAGAGAAAACUUUAUUUGGGCCGGGCUGGGGACUACACCUAUCUCACCAUGGGGAAAUGUGUUGUGUGCGAUGGCCGUGAUGACCUGAAGGAGUACUCCAACAUUCUCUCUGCAAUGAAGGUGCUCAUGUUCACAGACACUGACAACUGGGAGAUCUUCAAGCUGCUGGCAGCUAUCUUGCACAUGGGCAACAUGCGCUUUGAAGCUCGGAUGUACGAAAACCUGGAUGCCUGCGUGGUAGUGCACUCCUCUGACCUGGCCACUGCCUCCACCUUGCUGGAGGUGGAUCCCCAGGAGGUAAUGAGUUGUCUGACCAGUCGAACUCUCAUCACUCGAGGGGAAACAGUGUCCACACCUCUGAGUGUGGAACAGGGGUUGGAUGUCCGGGAUGCCUUUGUAAAGGGAAUUUAUGGAAGACUGUUUAUAUGGAUCGUGGACAAGAUCAACAGUGCUAUCUGUAGGCCACCGCCUUCUAAUGAGCCUAAAUCUGUUCAAAGGUCCAUUGGCCUUCUAGACAUUUUUGGGUUUGAGAACUUCACAGUCAACAGUUUUGAGCAACUGUGCAUCAACUUUGCCAAUGAGAAUCUGCAGCAGUUUUUUGUGCGGCACGUUUUCAAACUGGAACAGGAGGAGUACAACCUGGAGAACAUCAAAUGGCAGAAUAUUGAGUUCACUGACAACCAGGAAACCCUCGACAUGAUUGCCAUCAAGCCUAUGAACAUCAUUUCCCUCAUUGAUGAAGAGAGCAAGUUCCCCAAGGGCACGGAUGCCACCAUGUUGUACAAGCUGAACUCCCAGCACAGGCUCAACCCCUUUUACAUUCCUCCCAAGCACAGUCAUGAGACCUUGUUUGGCAUCCAACACUUUGCUGGGGCUGUCCACUAUGAGACCAGAGGCUUUCUGGAGAAGAACAGAGACAGCCUCCAUGGAGACAUCAUCCAGCUGGUCCUAUCCUCUAAGAACAAGUUCAUCAAGCAGAUCUUCCAAGCUGAUGUUGCCAUGGGAGCAGAGACAAGGAAACGUUCUCCAACUCUCAGCAGCCAGUUCAAGCGCUCACUGGAACUGCUGAUGAGGACACUUAGUGCCUGCCAACCUUUCUUUGUGCGCUGUAUCAAACCCAAUGAGUUCAAAAAGCCAAUGCUGUUUGACCGGGGGCUGUGUGUUCGGCAGCUCCGCUACUCUGGCAUGAUGGAGACUAUCCGGAUACGCCGAGCAGGAUAUCCAAUCCGUUACACCUUUACAGAGUUUGUGGACCGCUACUGGGUCCUCAUGACUGGUGUUAAACCAGCCUUCAAACAGAAAGACCUCAGAGGGACGAGCCGGCGAAUCGCAGAGGCUGUUUUGGGGAAAGAAGAAGACUGGGUGAUUGGGAAAACGAAGAUCUUUCUCAAGGACCACCAUGACCUUCAGCUUGAGAAUAAGAGGGACAAGACCAUAACAGAUAAGGUCAUCCUCAUUCAGAAGAGGGUGCGAGGACUCAGAGAAAGAUCCAAUUUCCUAAGGAUCAGGAAUUCUGUGAUAUUAGUACAGAAAACGUGGAGGGGCUACUACUGCAAAAAGAACUAUCGCUUGAUGAAGGUGGGCUUCCUUCGACUCCAAGCCCUCUUCCGGUCACGCAAGCUCUGGAGGAGCUACAAUGCCACACGGAAGUGUAUCAUACACUUACAGGCACAGUGUCGAGGUUUCUUGAUCAGGCAAACUUUCCACCGUUGGUUGAACGCGAUUGUUAAAAUCCAGGCCUACGUCCGUGGUAUGAUUGCGCGCAGGAUGUGCAAGCAGCUCAAGGCUGAGGAGGAGUGCCGGAAGGAGGCUGAGAGGCUGCGACAGGCUGAGGAGGCACGGUUGCGUGACCAGAUGAGUGCACGAUUAGCCAUUGCAGAGGCUGAGCGGAAGCACACGGAGCGGCUGGCAGAACUAGCCAGACAGAGUGCCACGAGCCAGGAGGAAGCACGAGAGGAGGCACGCCGUAAGAAGGAGGCACUAGAACGAGCAGAGCGGGCCCGACGGGAACCUGUCAGUGAAUCAGACAUGGUAGACCAAAUGUUUGGCUUCCUGGGAACCGGCGACUCUCUUCCUGGGCAAGAGGGGCAGGCCCCCGCUGGUUUUGAGGACCUGGAGCACACCCUGAAGAUGAGACAGGCAGUAGAAGAAGAUGCAGAUGAGGCCCUUCCUCUUCCUGAAGAUGAAAACGAAGAUCUGUCAGAGUACAAGUUUUCCAAGUUUGCUGCCACCUACUUCCAGGGCAACACUACACAUUCCCACUCUCGCCGGCCGCUUAAACAGCCACUCCUUCUCCAUGAAGAUGAGGGUGAUCAACUGGCAGCCCUGGCUGUCUGGAUCACUGUGCUGAGGUUCAUGGGAGACCUCCCAGAACCUAAGCAUCAAACAAAUUUUAGUGAUGGCAGCGAGAAGAUCCCCAUCAUGACCAAAAUCUAUGAGACCCUUGGCAAGAGAACCUACAAGCGAGAGCUACAGGCACUGCAGAGGGAAGGGGAGAGCACUCACAGUGAAAGCCAUAAGAAGAACAGUGUGCGGCACAAAUUGGUUUCUCUUACUCUGAAGAAGAAGUCCAAGAUUACAGAGGAGGUGGUGAGGCGCCUCAGUGAUAGUGACUGCUCUUUGCAGGGGAAUAGUAUGCUGGAGGACCGGCCCACCUCAAAUUUGGAGAAGCUUCAUUUUAUCAUUGGCAAUGGUAUCCUACGUCCCACACUCAGGGAUGAGAUUUACUGUCAGAUCUCUAAGCAGCUCACCCAGAAUCCCUCCAAGGCCAGCCACACCCGUGGGUGGCUCCUCUUUUCUCUUUGCAUGGGCUGCUUUGCCCCCUCUGAGAAGUUUGUCAAAUAUUUGCGGAACUUCAUCAGCACCAGCCUCCCAAGCUCUGCUGCUUAUCUUGAAGAGCGGCUGAGAAGAACUUUCAUGAAUGGGACACGUGCCCAACCUCCUUCUUGGCUGGAACUCCAGGCAACCAAGUCUAAGAAGCCUAUCAUGCUGCCUGUGACCUUCAUGGAUGGGACAACCAAGGCCCUGCUAACAGAUUCGGCAACGACAGCCAAGGAGCUGUGUAAUGCACUGGCCGACAGGAUCGGCUUGAGGGACCGUUUUGGCUUCUCCCUCUACAUUGCCCUAUUCGAUAAGGUGUCAUCGCUCGGCAGUGGUAAUGACCAUGUGAUGGACGCUGUGUCUCAGUGUGAGCAAUAUGCCAAGGAGCAGGGUGCUCAGGAACGAAACGCGCCCUGGAGGCUGUUCUUCCGCAAGGAGAUAUUCACACCUUGGCACUGCCCAUCUGAUGACAAUGUGGCCACCAACUUGAUUUACCAGCAGAUAGUCCGUGGCGUCAAGUUUGGGGAAUAUCGCUGUGAUCGGGAGGAAGACCUGGCCCGGCUGGCCUCACAGCAGUACUAUGUGGACUAUGGGCCCAACAUUGUGCUAGAGCGACUGUUUAAUCUGAUCCCCUCAUACAUUCCUGACCGUGAAAUCAACUCCUUCAGGACAGUGGAAAAGUGGGCACAGAUGAUCGUGGCUGUGCACAGAAAGGAAAGAUACAGUCAGACCCUGACACACCCCCAGAGGAUCAAGGAGGAGGUUGUGGAUUUUGCUCGCUUUAAGUGGCCAUUGCUGUUUUCACGUUUCUACGAGGCCUUCAAAUUUUCAGGUCCCAGCCUGCCAAAGAACGACAUCAUUGUUGCUGUGAACUGGACUGGUGUUUACUUUGUGGACGAGCAAGAGCAAGUUCUGCUGGAGCUCACGUUUCCAGAGAUCACUGCUGUUUCCAGCAGCAGAGGGAGCAAACUACAGGGACAGAGCUUCACCCUGGCUACCAUCAAAGGAGAUGAGUACACUUUUACCUCCAACAAUGCUGAGGACAUACGGGACUUGGUGGUUGCCUUCUUGGAAGGGCUAAGGAGAAGGUCUAAGUUUGUUGUGGCUCUGGUGGACAGCUCAAUUCCAGCUGGGGAGGAGUCCAUGUUCCUCAACUUUGCCAGAGGGGACCUCAUCGAGUUGGAUCAGGAAACUGGGGAAGACGUUAUGAACUCAGGCUGGGCACAUGGCAUUAAUGACAGAACCAAAGAACAGGGCGAUUUCCCGGUUGACUGUGUCUAUGUGCUGCCUGCCAUCACAAGACCGCAGUAUGACAUUGCGGUUGUGAUUACUGCAAUGCAAGGCCAGCGGAAGGAGUCUGUGGGCUUUAUGCCUGCUCCACUGAAGGAGAAUGAAGAGAAUGGGACAUCGUACACAUUGGAAGAGUUUUCCUAUAGUCACUUCAGGACCCCACAGAAGACAACCCUGAGUCGAGUGAUGGCCUCCAAAAGCUGGGGGAGGGACAAACUGUGGAGCUGCAGCCGGGAACCCAUAAAGCAACCACUGCUGAAGAAGCUCCAAGGUCAAGAGGAGGUUUGCCAGGAGGCAUGUGUGGCCUUUGCUGCCAUAUUGAAGUACAUGGGAGAUUACCCAUCCAAAAGAAUACGGUCUGUGAAUGAACUCACUGACCAGAUAUUUGAGUGUGCCUUGAAGUUUGAGCCCCUAAAGGAUGAGAUCUUCUGUCAGAUCCUCAAGCAGCUAACAGAGAACCAUGUGAAGUACAGUGAGGAGAAAGGCUGGGAGCUGCUGUGGCUUUGCAUGGGCCUUUUUCCACCUAGCAACCUGCUACUGCCUCAUGUUCAGAGGUUCUUACAGGCCAAGAAACACCACCCACUGGCCCCAGACUGUAUGCAGCGCCUACAGAAGGCCCUGAGGAAUGGUUCUAGAAAAUACCCCCCUCACUUGGUGGAGGUGGAGGCCAUCCAGCACAAGACCACACAGAUCUUCCAUAAAGUUUACUUUCCUGAUGACACAGACCAAGCGUUCGAAGUGGAAUCUAGCACAAAAGCCAAGGAAUUUUGUUUGAACAUCUCCAACCGGCUGCAGCUAAAAUCUUCUGAAGGCUUUAGCUUAUUUGUGAAGAUUUCUGACAAGGUGAUCAGUGUUCCAGAAGGAGACUUCUUCUUUGACUUCAUCAGACAUCUGACUGACUGGAUCAAAAAAGCCAGGCCUCCAAAGGAAGGUGUAAUGCCUUCGCUGACCUACCAGGUGUUCUUCAUGAAAAAACUAUGGACCAAUACAGUUCCAGGGAAGGACUCUGUGGCUGACUCCAUUUUCCAUUACUACCAGGAGCUGCCCAAGUACCUGCGUGGCUAUCACAAAUGUUCACGCGAGGAGGUCUUCCAGCUGGGGGCACUAAUCUACCGUGUCAAGUUUGAUGAUGACAAAACGCAUUUUGCUAACAUUCCUAGGAUUGUGAAGGAGCUCGUGCCUCAGGACAUAGUUCAGCAGCUCUCAUACGAUGACUGGAAACGGUUCCUGCUGGCGUACUUCAACAAGCAGGUAGGGCAGUCCAGAGAGGAGGCGAAGCUCACAUUCCUGAAGAUCAUCUUCAAGUGGCCCACAUUUGGCUCUGCCUUUUUUGAAGUCAAGCAAAAUACAGAGCCAAGCUUCCCUGAGACCUUACUGAUAGCAAUAAACAAACAUGGUAUCAGCCUAAUUGAUCCCAGGACCAAGGACAUGUUAAUCACACACUCCUUCACUAAGAUCUCUAACUGGAGCAGUGGAAACACCUACUUCCACAUCACCAUUGGCAAUCUGGUGCGGGGCAGCAAGCUGCUGUGUGAGACAUCGCUGGGUUACAAAAUGGAUGACCUCCUGACCUCCUACAUCAGCCAGAUGCUGACUACCAUGACUAAGCAACGCAGUUUAUCAAGAACGCCUCCGGGGAAAAAUUACAGCAACAAAAGCUCCUGAAGUCAUUCAGGGUGUUAUGUAGCUAUAGGACUGAUGCCACAUGAUAGUGUUGCCCACUGUGAGACCACUACAUGUCAGAGCUGUGCAGUGAGCUGAUGUAGAUCAGAUGUAGAUCUGCAGUGAACUGGAUA